UUCUGGACAGCUUACGGGGUAAAUUAUUGCUGGACACUUGGACUUAUGUGGACACUUGGCUAAGUCUUUUUGUGAUAUUUCUGUGUUAUAACCUUAUUUGGUCCACGAGAAGACAAUACUCUGUUGUAUGUGUAAUGGCAACGUUGUAGAAUUCCGAGGACAAAAAUAGUUUCUACUGUCUUCACCGACAUGAUGGAACUCCUGGCAGACGAUACUUACAGCUUCUACACCGCCACACGGAAUUCAGGGGAGACAAUGCGGUAGUGUUCAUACUGUAAACUGUCAGAAUUCGGGACAAAUCUAAUGAUUGUUGUAUUGCAUGCUAGUAAUUUGAUUAAUCACCAGAAUUCAAUAUAAAAAGCUAUUUGGAUGUGAUUAUGUGGAACUUGUGACCUAGAAAAUGAACGAAAUAUAGCAAAACUGCUUUUUAAUGGAAAGUCACAGUGAUGUAUUUUGUAUCAAUGUUUUGUAUAUCAUUCUCGUGUGUUAAACUUGAGCCGUGGUGGAGUACCGAUAUGUUAUUGAUCAGAGAUGAACCACACAAUGAUAUUUACAAGACAAUCAAACCUCAUCUCGAUGACGUUUUAUAGAACUUGAAAACUGACUCUUCCAUUUAUGUGGCUUCCAGAUUGAGAUUUUAUAUAAUACACUGUGUUCAGACGCCAACAACAGAUUAGUUGAGUACAAUGUGGAGAUUUGUUAUGGAUACUAGCUACUGUGGUCCAGGUCGUGGAGAAUAGUGUGUCGGUGAGAAUAUUGGGUGUGAAUAUACUAUCAGAGACACUGCAGUAACUGCAAAAUCCGUAUCAAGGUUGUGAGAUGUUCUUUCGCUGAUAUAAGUUCCGCUGAUAUAAGUUCCGACAGUUUGGUGAGCAUCGUCAGAGAGACCUGUCUAGAUACCUACAAAGGUUAAACAGCUGAGUGAUUCAGACGAAUAAGGUCGUAACUUAUAGAUAAUCCUAGAAAUGUUGUACGGGACUGCAUGUUUAAUGAGGUCAGAUCUGUGAGGUGGUGCGUACCGGCCCGUUAACGAACAUCACACAGGUAACUUGUCUAUAAUCGGGUCACAGUGUUACAAGGUGAGACGGAUGUGGAACUGUGAUCUUCAACUGUGACAAGAAACUUCAAUUGUGACAAGAAACUUCAACUUGAAGGCUUUAUUGAUGCAGCUGCAGCUAUCUAUGGAUGAGAUGAUAAUGUGUCUUGUUGAUAAAAGCCCACGCAAAGAUUGAGUUUAAGGAUUCCAGACUAGAGCUUGGAAGCAGUACAUGGGGUGAACCUUUUCUCUGGUACGACGUCAUGGGAGUAAUUAAAUUCGAGAAGAUCACUUGCUAUGAGGGCGUAAUGGUUCUCGGAGGAUCUGGAAAUCCACAUAAUUCUAAAAAUAUCCAUUAGGUUGUUUUAUCAACGUGUUUGAAUCAAGUUCUAGAAAAUGCUUGACUCCUGUAUGGUCAUUUCUGUGAUUAGAAAUCUGUAUUUGUAAACAGCGUUUUGGAUUUAGUGACAGUGAUUUAUCAGACAGUUUCCUGGAGUUGUGAUUUAGACGUGAUUUCUGAAGGUGUCAUUUCUGAAAGUGUCCUUUGUGAUUUAGGUGUCAUUUCUGAAAGUGUCCUUUGAAGAGUUGAAUUCUGUGGGAGUUAUUCUUGUGAAGAGUUGAAUUUAAAGCAGUUAUUCCUGUGAAAAAUUAUGAUAGAGUUAUAUAUCUGAAGAGUUGAAAUGAAAUGAGUUUAUUGAUUGAAGAGUUGAAUUAUAUGGGAAUUACAUUUUGUGGCAAAUGAUCUUGGAAUUGAUUACAAGGUGAAUAACCUUGAAAUUAGUCAUUUAGAGGGGAAUGAUCUUGGAAUUAGUUACAUUUUGUGGUGAAUGACCUUGGAAAUAGUUACAUUUUGAGGUGAAUGACCUUGAAGUUAGGUACAUUUAUAGGUGAAUGACCUUGAAAGUAGUUACAUUUUGAGGUGAAUGAUCUUGGAAUUUAUUACAUUUCAAGGAGAGUGACCUUGGAAUUAGUUUCAUUUUGUGGUGAAUUACCUUGAAAUUAGUAACAUAGAAAGGUGAAUGACUUCGAAGUUGUUUACAUUUUGUGAUGUAUGACCUUGGAUUUGGAUUUUUGUUGUAACUGACCUAGCCGGAAAUUGCAUACAUUUUGUCACGAAUGAUGUUAGCGUUGGCUACCUAGGACUUGGUGACUUUGUUAUAAUUAAUGUUAAUUACUUUGGAGUUGGUAAUCUAAGAAGUUGAUUACACCUAUGCAACAUGAUUUAAAGAUCAGUGAUUACCUGUCAAAGACACCUCAGCACUGCCGAAACGCCAUUAUAUGUACACAGACUGGCUUUCUAUAUUUAUAACUGCAGUUAACAAAAGCUUAUUCAGUGUUAACCCGAGCCUUAAAGGGAGAGUGUAGGGUCACUUUUGGUGAUAGACUGGUGGCCCCCUCGGCUGUGAAGAACUUCUACCCAGAUUUACAGAAAUCGCGACUGUAAACCAUUUAACAUGUAUUGGCACAAAUUAAAUGACACGGAAAAAGGCAAGCUUUGGUCUAAUGCUCCGUACUGUCUGUGUGACAAUAGCCUAAUCCCGACGAGUCAAGUCCAGACUGUGUUAAAUUGUGUGUGUAUUCAGGGUGAGAAUUACCAUUAAUCGACUCGUAAGAUUUUAAUCGAUGGUUGUGUAUACAAAGUAUGUAUGUAACAUUGGUCUCUGAGCUAUUACUGGACCUACACAUGUAAUAUACCUAUUACCACACAAAAUGGCCGGCCGGAUGUUCCGACACGAAAGAUUUUAUUCUCUUCCCAACGAGUUCUCCAUUCGUAGAGAAAAGGAAGAUGGCCUUUUGGGUAACAAGUCCAUGAACAGCCGACCUGGAAGUGGAAACAAAAGUCAAAGUUCAAAGGUCUCCAAGAAUUCUGGGAUGAGCAGACGAGAGUCCUUUUUUGGGCGCACACCCGCCAUAACGCUUGAACCGCCUCCGGUAAAGCAGAGACGAAACUCUCUGUCCUUUCCAUUUUUCGCUCAUCCAGCUGCCAAGAAUUCGGGUGAUGGGGCUGGAAAAGUUAUGGAAGAAAUGGGAAGCCUACGUGGUCGCAGGGUGAUGAAUCUCUCUAUUGACGAUAACCUGCCCAUCCACCCUGGUCUGACGGCCUCCAUCUCGCCUCAGGGCACAUUUGGCUACAGCGAGGGCAAGAAGGUUAAGGAGCGAUCCAAACUCACCAAUCUUCUUAGUCCCAUGUCAAAGGACCGGGAAAAACAAGAACAAUUGAGUGAUCUCCUUAAUAGCUACAGCAUCAACAUCCCGCCCAUGCCCGAACUUUUGACCGUAGGAAAACCUGCCUUCAGUGAAGAAAUAUUUGAAAUUGAACCACACUGGAGUUCAUUGGUGGAGAAUGCAUCGGCUCUGACAAAGCGACAACAUGACCAGCAAGAGGCAGUUUGGGAACUUCUGCAAACCGAGGUCUACUAUAUACGGUCAUUACGAGUAAUAACAGACCUGUUCAUGUGCUGUCUCAUCAAUCUUCAGAGUGAACAGUUAUUGAACGAGAUUGACACGGAGCGUCUGUUUUCUAAUAUCGGAGAUAUUGCUUACACCAAUAGCUCCUUCUGGGCGAAUUCUCUGUCUAAAGUUUUACAAAGUGCCAGGCAGAGUCGCCUCCCCCUUAAUCCCUCGGACAUGAAGGAGGGUUUCAAACAGUUCCCAGACCUAUUGAGUCCCUACACAAAAUAUUUCUCCGAGCAGAAGGCUUGUGCCGACUAUAUGAAGAGCCGAUACAGUGAUAAUGAAUUAUUCAAAACUUUUGUUGUGUGGGCCGAAACUCAGAAACAGUGCAAUCGUCUAAAACUAACCGAUCUAUUGGUCAAACCAAUGCAGAGACUGACCAAAUACUCGCUGCUACUUCAGGCUAUAUUACGGAAAACCGAUGAUGAGAAGCAACGCAAGGAUGUCCUAGAAAUGAUUGCCAGUGUAGAUAGGUUUGUCUCUCACGUAAAUGCUUCGCUACGACAACGACAUGAACAGGAACGCCUUGCCACAAUAAUGACGAAAAUUGAAUCGUAUGAGGCAGUAGAAGCACCGAACGAUGAAAGUUUCAAGUAUUUACAGGAAUAUAAUAACAAUUUUGACCUGCGGGCACCCAUGCCUGGUUGUGCCGGUGGUCAAACUCGAUCACUCAUAAUGCAGUCAGUGCUUCGCCUCAAAGACUCGCAGUCACGGCUGGACGUUGAAUGUCUCCUAUUCACUGACCUCUUCCUUAUAUGCAAGCCCAGUAAAAGGAUGGAAAAGUACAAAAUUAUCAAGGCCCCUAUGAGAGUCGACAGGAUAAUCACACAGGAGCUCAAGGACAAAGGGAGUUUCCUGAUGAUUUACCUUAACGAGUACCACGUACCUGUGUCAGCAUUCACAUUUCACGGUGACCAGGCAGCUAUAAGAGUGUGGCUGGAACAUAUACGAAAAGCUCAGGCUUUGUACCGUGAGAUUCGUAAUUCGACGCAUGGAUCUGAGAGUUACACGUAUCUGUCUGGUGGAGAGCUCGUGGAGGAACAAGUAAUAAAUGUGACUCCGAUCUCGCCCCUCCCGAUGGACCAGCCAGACGUCGUCAUGUCACGCUCGGCUGGCAGUGAGCCUGGUCCACAUUUCCUGUUUCCUAACAAUGCUGCAGGACAGUCAAGCCCUGGGCGUACGUCGCCCAUGGGUACAGAACCACAAUCUCCCUCGCCCUACGUCGGUCACCCACACCCUGCAAAGUCUCAUAGUUACCAUGGUGAUGAGAAACACCACAAACAUGUGCAAUCGUCAAACUCUGUGCCAAAUUUUGUUGACAGUAUCCCACAUUCCACUGGGUCGUCUGCCAACAGUGACUCCUCACUGCCAGAUAUUGUCGACGAAAAUCAAAAAGUGAAACUUAGUCAACGAAGGUCAUCGCGCAACGGGGGCCGAUACAUCACUGCCGACAAUAUACAAGACUUGAACAAAGACGAUAAAGAUACGAGCAUUCAUAAACGUCUCUCCUGGAAUUAUGGCACUACAGACAAUGAUGAGAGGCAAGGUGUUCUGAAAACUAAAACCCAAAGUUCGGAUUCCCUCCGGAGUAUUCAUAGUUCUAGUGGUGUAAGUUCAACAGGUUCUCUACACCUAAGUCCGGAGGAGAUCGAAUAUAGUUCCAAUAACCAUGGUGAUAUUUGUACAAUUCACGAAAGUAGACAUGACGAUUGUGAUAUCAAUGAACUACACCAACAUUCGGAGACCAACGACAUAUCAAGGCUGUUUCAGGCCAUGUCUACUAGCGAAAGUAAUCAGGGUAUUGUGUCUGUAGAUUUACCUUCUAUUGAUAAAAAACUCACGCAUGCACAGCUGAUGAAAAUGAAGAAACAACUUCUCCUUUCCUCCAAUGUGGAGGCCAGUGAAGUAUGAUGCAAUACAAAUGUCCUGUCAACAUGUCUGUGAUGAACUCCUCAAAUCCUCUUUGGGAAGAGUGCUUUAUACUUUGUGAUGUACCAAAGGUUGUGAUUGGCUGCUUUAUUCUUCAUACCAAUGAACCGAACUUUGUGAUUGGUUAGAAUUGAUUUAGAGUCAUAAGUUGUUGAAGUGAUAAAAAUGAGAGUGCAGUUGAUGUUACAGUGGAGCUUUAUUCAUUCAUCCAGUUUUGUUCUCCGUUGGGUUUGGAACAUGAUUAAAUCCGUCCCCAAGCGGCUGAUAGGGUGGUAGGAUGACUAGACAGGAAGCGUCCGGAUAAACGAUGCUUUAUUGUACCAAAGCUUGUGAUUGGUUUUAUUGUUUACACUCAGGAGAUCACCUUUACAAUAUAAACCUCAUUGUGAUUGGUUGUCUGACACUCACAAGAUGUAACGUGCAUUGUGAUUGGUUGAUUGCAAGGAUCUGAAAACUGGAAGAAAAAAAAUCUACAUUCCUUUUUCGAGGAUCAGGUGUGUUGAUGACAUAUUACAUGGCCAACGGCUAAAACAUUGUGAUUAUAAUGUGCUGUGAUGCGUCAAAGACCUAGUUCUCGAUCCAUUUCUCAAACCUGGAUUUAAUCUGAUGUAACCUAUGUUGAAUACACCGUAGUUCAUAACCGAGUUUACAUGUGUUGCAGCUAGUUGGCAAUAUUUCAUCAGUGUUUAAACACCUUUUGUGGCUUAUCAUCAUGUAUAAGUCACAUUUGGUUGGUAAACAGGAAGUGCUGAAUUACUCACAAAAAUAUUGUCCUAUUUCUGAAUUUUACAGUGUUCUGUCAAUGUUGAUCUGAUGGUUAGCCUUUAAUCAAGGGACGUAACUCUUAAUUUGUUUCCUUGUUAUAAAGGACACAUAACAGUAAAUUUCACCCUUCAUUUAUUAAAAGGGCAUAACACUAAAUUACAGCCUCUAUAAAUUUCAACCCUUUUUUAACAGGGGGCAUAACUCUAAGGGUUUCCCUUUAAACAGGGGACAUUGCUGUUUCAUUUAAUUAAGGGUGAUAUUUUCUUUAAAGCCUCUUUAUGUUUUCGAAACAAAAGAAAAAGAAAAAAUUACAAAACUAUGUUUUAUGAGAGAAUAUAUACACUAAUGAUGGUUUAAUGUGAGAAUCAAUACUGUAGCUGCUCUUAAUUUCAAUUAAAACUGGGAAACUACCCACAGAUUAUGGGUAAUCUUUAAUGCGGUGAUCCACUCUCUAUAUGUAAAUGAGUCUCGGCAUAGCAAACAAGCAAAACCCAAAUUUGAUCAUUCUUAAUGGCAAAGAAAAGGAUCGAGUAAAAACCCAACAUUGUCUAAACCGUACAUAGUCAACUUUAGUAUGCGAGACAUAAGACUAAUGUUAAUUCCAAAAUGAAUUGGCAGUAAACCUUCUCGAUGUGUUAUAAACAAACCCAUGAUUUCCUGUUUAUCAUCCAGAGAUGUAACUCGGCACAUGCAGAGCGGGGUUCACAUUCUAUUUUUAGAUAUUUAUUACACUCGUAAAUUGUUAACGUAACUGAGCAGAUUUGACAGAAAUUAAAUGAAAAUAAACCCAUGGAGGAUUAUGAAUUAAGUUUAGCUUGAUAAAGUUUUAUGUCCAUAAACAAAACCUUAAAGACGAAUUAACAUAAGCUUUAGGCUUGUUUUCGAAUCCUUACAUUCAUGUAAUGUGUACAAAUUUUCUGUUUACAAAAUAAAAUACUGUUUAAACCAAAACCAUAAAGAGGCUUUAAUCAAGGGCAUGUAUCUCUUAGGAUUGUUUUCAAACAAGGGACAUAACUCAUUUUGUGCCCUGUCUUUCGUCAAGGGAAAACAAACCUAAGGAUUUCUGUAUAAUCAGAGGACUUGGUGAUAUUUAUAAAAGCCGAUAGUUACCCUUUAAACCAAAUAUCUAUAUACACAAGUCUUUCACCCUGUUUGGCGGUGGCUGCUUCCAUGACAGUUUGCCCUGUUAUAUAUUACUUUUCAUGCUGGAAAAUACCUCCACAUCCCAUAAUAUGUCUCACAACUGCUCUGUGAUUGGUUGAUUUUAUGUAUCCAAUAUCUUACAAGAGUUAUGGUCCUUUUUCUAAACAAAUUUGUAAAGGUUUCUCAUUCGGAUAUUUGUACAGAUCAAUGUAAUUGAUAUGUAUCACUAUAUGGACUUAUAUAUGGAUCUAUACGUCUCAUAAACAGUUAAUAUAUUAACUUAAGGAUAUAUGCUACCUUGUACUUACCAUACUUGUGAAGAGUUAUCUACCUUUCAGCGUAUUAUGGCUCACAAUUUUCUUUGAGUAACAUUUCGUAUGUUUGGGGUCUACAAUGUAGCGGACAUACGCUUUGUUACAAAUUUUUAUGAAACUAAAUUAGAUUUUAUGAAAAAUUAUUAAGUUAAAUACCAUCAUUAUCAAUGCAUGGACAGGAAUGAUGUCACUCAGAAAACUAAAAAGUAUUUUGCUAAUUUAUGAGGCCUGCCAGAGUGUUUCACACUUCAUUAAUUAAUUCUAAUAUCUUUAUGGUUUUUGAACGGAUUUCUGUUUUAGUACUAUCAAUGUAUGGCUGUUUGGUAGCAUAUAAUCCGUGUUCAGAUCAAAUCUGUAGCCUUAAACAAUAUCAUUUGUAAUUUAAUCUUAAAAUGGACUUGUCGUUAAUAUGUCUUUCUAUAUAUAUAUAUACUAGUAGUUAACACAACACUACAGUAUUUGGUUUGUUCAGAAAUUACAGAUUUCACAGAUUAUAAUCAAUUUCAAAUGUCUCUGAUUUUUCUUUUUAAUGACUGUAUUACCUGUAUUACCUGUAUUACCUGUCUCAGUAUAUAGAUGUUCUUACUACCUACAGCUUGACGUAUACUACUAUAUGUAUCCAGGAAUAAGUCCAUGUCAGGUAAUAAGCCCAUGUCGGUAAUAAGCAUAUGUGUGGUAAUAACUCCAUGUCAGGUAAUAAGUCCAUGUCUGGUAAUAAGCCCAUGUCUGGCAAUAACUCCAUGUCAGGUAAUAAGCCCAUGUCUGGCAAUAAGUCCAUGUCUGGCAAUAAGUCC